CGCCAAAAUAAAGAGACAGAGCAAACCCAUUAGCACUCGUGAGGGCAUCGCUGCUUCUCCACACGAGGCCGCUAGUCCUUUGCCUGGUGUUCAAGUUGUACCGACUGGUGGACGUGAAGCAGCUGGGACAAGAGGUGAGGGUGACGCAACCAUGGCGGCACCUUCGACAACCCACGUGCGAGUGCGACUCGAUUUUGUGGGGAUCCGCCUGCCCCCCUGCAUCGUGCCCUGUGAGCUGAGCUCGAGGGCGACAGUCAAGAGCUUCAAGAAGCGCAUUAGGCGGAUGACCAAGCGUGCCUUUCGGGAGCGUGAUGUCUGCCUCUGCUUGCAGGGCUGUGCUCUUCUUGAUCGCCUGCCCCUCGAAGGCUUGCUCACUGACGGUUCCCAUCUUGUGGUGGCUACGAAAUUCAUCUAUGAGCAGUUGUUGGGCUCAGUCUGGUCUCCAGCGGCGCUGAUGGUCGCAGAGGGAUCUAAGAGCCUCCUACAGAGUGAUUCAGCUUGGGGCAGCCCUCGUGGUUGGCCGCCGGCCCGAGCUGAUACACCGUCACAACGGCGUACCCAAGGGCUGCGCGCCGCAAAGCGCCGAGCGCCUUCAAGUAGAGAUUCUUCCGAGUCUAGCCUCAGCUCAGAUUCUUCUGCCUCCUCGGAUUCUGAACCCGAAACGGAUCAAGGGCGAGCAUCUACCCCUGCUGCUGCAUUGCAGUGUGACCCUGCCCCCUCUGGCAAGUCGACGAGUGUGGCGGAGACAUCGCCUGCGCAAAAGCGGGUACGUCACGCAGCGGCUUCCGACACACCAAUGUCCAGCCAAACGCCAAUGACGGAUGCUAAGGCGACCAAGAAGACACGGCGUGGUCGUCGAGCUGGGCGCAAAGUCAAAGCCAAACAGCAACAGCAACAGCAACAGCAACAAGAACUACAAGAACUACAAGAAGCACAGCCUCAGCCACAACAGGAGCUGCAAUCAAACAAACAAGAGUUUCAGCAGCCUCCAGCUCAUCAAACAACUCAAGAGGCAUCAGCACACAAAAAGUUGCCUCAGCAGCAAAAGCAGCCAUCAAAGGCUUCAAACCCUCCCCGGACUCGCCAUGCGGACAUGACCGCCAGCAGCAACGUCCCAACACAACUUUCCGAAAGCACGGCACGCAUAGCUUCUAGUCACACGGCGCCGGCAGCCGCAGCAACAACUGCAUCCGUCACUCGGACACCAUCUGAGCCAGCCUUGCCCACAGUUGCAACCAUCCUGGCGCAAUAUCGCUGGCAGCCCUUGAUCCGACCCACACAAGUCGAUGACAUUCUCGCCUUCAAGGAACUGGAACUUGGUGCUGACUGCAUGCCUCGCAUCUCCGACACCAAGGUGGCGCGCGUGCUCCAGGUUGAUGGUAGUCAGGUCCAGCUGGAGCGCUUACACUCGUUGCCUGAAGACUCAGGCCCUAACUCGGCCCUGGGCAAGUUUCUCUUAUCCCCUGCCACUGAUACGCUUGACAACGACGAGAACGCCUCGACUGCCGGUGAUGUGCGCUCCUGGGUAGAGACCUUCAACAUGGACGAGGUGCAGUGCGCAGACAUAAAAUAG